AUGGAAACUACAUCCUCUGCGUUCAUCUCUUCAAACACAGUAAGUUUUAUGUAUCACUUUUUGCAUUGUUCUCAUCUCUCUCAUUCUCUGCCAUUGAUUUCAGCAUUGGAGAUUCACUUGAAUCUUAUGGUUGAGCUCUUUGUGAUGAUUGAUUUUGAGUUUGAAUAUAUUGAAUUGAUGUUAGAUUUUAACUCCCUUGCAACCCCUGCUGUUAUUGCAGAGGUGAAAUAUUCCGCUGCUUCUUUGGCUGCUCAAAGUCUAUUGCUAAGCACCAGCUAUACAAGUAGAGGUUCUGCUUGUAAAGAGACUGGGCACGUGCCGCAUCAGAACUCUAUAAAAGCUGCUGAAUAUAGUUUAGACAAUGUCAAGCCCUUUAAGGAGGGUGACAUUGCAUUGCACCUUGCAGCAUCAAGAGGAUUCAAAGAUAUAUGUGAAUGUAUAAUUGGAAUGAAUGGUGAAAGGAAGUAUUUGAUCGAUAUCGAUAACAACAAUGGAGAGAGUCCUUUGUUUCUUGCUGCAUUGUCUUGGCAAAAACGAACGUUUGUUUAUCUCUUCAACUUUAAACCGAGUAAGAGUGAUUGCGAUGUUGGUGGGAAUUAUUCUUAUUCUAAAGAUCUUAUUAGAAGCAAUGGAGAUAGUAUUCUUCACUGUGCCAUCAGGAGAGAAUUUUUCGGUAAUUAA